AUGCCGUCCCUUGGCGCGUUGCCGGAGCCACAUCGGGUGGCGGACGCGGCUCCAUUCUUAACCCAUGUGGGCGCUUCAUACAUGGCGGCGCAAAGCCACGCUUCCAUCGAUGUACCACCGAACGUGCCGCCCCAUUUCGAAGGGUCCCAGCGCGAGCUGGCAUUGAUGUGCGAUCCUGGCCCGUCGCGAGAUAUUGUUGAGAUCAGCAACAAUGCAUCCGAGCUCUUGACACGCACGGGCCCUCGCGACACCAUCCUCUACCCCAACAAGCGACGAGCAACCGCCUACCUUCGCAGGGACUUCAUAGAGCAAGCUAACAGGCUCUGGAUCGAGCUUCCAAACCCUGACGUUGACACCGCUACUAUUCGUUUUGUCAUUGUCCCGGACGAACCUCGUUCCUCUGUAUGCACUCGACCGCCUAGUUCUAGCAAUGUGAAAUCGACAUUGCAACCUAGCUCACAGUCGCUUGAAACAUUGCUUCGCCGAGAAGAUGGCUAA